UCCCCGCAGCUGGCCGACAGCGAGUUCUCCCCCGUCUUCCGCCUCCUGACCAUCUUCGCCUACGGCACCUACGCGGACUACCUGGCUGAAGCGGCAAACCUCCCUCCCUUGACAGAGGCUCAGAAGAACAAGCUGAGGCACCUGUCAGUCGUCACUCUGGCUGCCAAGAUCAAGUGCAUCCCCUAUUCAGUGCUGCUGGAGCAGUUGCAGCUGAAGAACGUCCGGCAACUGGAGGACCUCGUGAUUGAGGCUGUGUAUGCAGAUGUCCUGCGAGGGAGCUUGGAUCAGCGGAACCAGCGCCUGGAGGUGGAUUACAGCAUUGGGAGGGACAUCCGGAGGGAGGAGCUAAGCACCAUCACCCGCACAUUGCAGGAGUGGUGCCAGGGCUGCGAGGUUGUCUUGUCGGGCAUUGAAGAACAGGUUAGCCGAGCCAACCAACAUAAAGAGCAACAGCUGGCACUUAAGCAGCAGAUAGAGAGCGAGGUGGCAAACCUGAAGAAGACCAUUAAAGUGACAACAGCAGCCGCCGCGGCAGCCACAUCCCAGGACCCUGAACAGCACCUAACAGAGCUCAGGGAGCCGGCCCCUGGCACCAACCAGCGCCAGGCGAGCAAGAAAACUUCCAAAGCCAAAGGGCUCCGAGGCAGUGCGAAGAUUUGGUCUAAAUCAAACUAGUUGGAUCUCCCUUCACAACUGGGAGGGUGAGAGGAAGAGAUUUGGGGGAUGGAGGGGUAGCAAGGGUCCCAAGUGUGAUGCUUCUGAGCUCUUCUGAGAUCCAUCUUGCCAACUAAUUCUCCUGCAUGUUUGUUCUCUUUCCUAUCUUCUUUACCAACUUUCCAGGCAGUGCCUCCCUCCUCUUCAUCACAGCAUUUCACACUCUAAGCUUCCAGUUAUAUGCGUUGCUGUUUCCCCUACCCCUCAAGCCCCCAUCGCCAUGGCCGUGUGUUUCUCUCUUUCUCUCUCCCUGUCUUUUGACAGGUCAAUUUAAAGAGCCAUAAAACUGUGU